GUCUGUCCACCCUGCAAGUGAUCCUGGAUACAGCAGCAGAGAGGAAGUGGAUUGUAACAGCCAUCAACGUAGGCAACCAGAAGGAUGAGAGGAAGGACGAGGCGUAUCGCUCCAUGUUCCAAGACCUGGAGAUACGAAAGGAGAGGAGAGUCAUUCUGGACUGUGAACAAGACAAGGUUAAAGACAUCAUGGACCAGGUCAUCACCAUUGGCCGACAUGUUAAAGGAUACCAUUACAUCAUCGCUAACCUGGGCUUCGUUGAUGGUGACCUGUCUAAGAUCCAGUAUGGGGGAGCCAAUGUGUCGGGUUUCCAGAUUGUUGACUUUGAGGAGCCACUCGUCUCCAAGUUCGACCAGAGAUGGGAAGCACUGGAGGAGAAAGAGUACCCUGGUGCUGACAACAGGAUCAGGUACACAUCAGCUCUGACUUAUGAUGCGGUCCAGGUUAUGACUGAAGCGUUCCGGACACUCACCAAGCAGCGGAUUGAUUUCAGUCGUCGUGGCAAUAACGGAGACUGUCUGGCCAAUCCAGCAGUGCCCUGGUCUCAGGGGAUGGAGAUAGAACGCGCUCUCAAACAGGUUACCAUAGAAACAGAUUUUAGC